CGUGUGCGCAUCCAACCACUUGUAGUUCAAUGUGCGCGCCCGCCACCUGCCUGCGCCUGUACCGCCUGUUUCGGUUCAGACGGAGUAAAAAGUGGACAUUUGUAAGAAAAAUAUUUAAAUUUUCGAAAUCAUAAUGAGCAAGUUUGUGCUGUAUUUCGCUGUGAUAUUGUUGACCCAACAAUGCAUCAGCCUGCCAGUGAACGAGAACGUGGUGUCUGUGUACACCACACACCCCACCACCAUGGGUACCAACCCACCGAUAGAUGUCUACCAUCAAAUAGCUAGUAACAUCGCUGAGAGAAUCACUUCGCCUAUUUACAAAUUCCUCGGUCUGAACGUCUCAAAGACUGAAGGUCAAAGUCAGGCAAAAUCGGGGCCAACGACACCAUCAGACAAAGCGUGGGGCAAGAUAGAACUGCAAGAAGACCAGGACCUGAACAAACAAGAUGUGAAACCGAUCGACAAUGACAUUUCAAAGGAGAGGGAUGUUGAAGAAGUGUCUCCUGAUGCUGUACUCCCGAAGGCUGAUAAGAAACCAGAGAAAAUCACUCUCUACUCAAACUAUCUGCCAGUUCUAGCCAAAGCCAGUGGGUUCUCUCGAAGCGGAGCCCAAAUAGAAGCUAAGAAUGAUACGUGGAACGAUGACGAUGAUGGUUUUGGUUGGGAUAAUGAUAGGGAAGUAGCGAAACCCAAGGAAGGACCAUUUGUGUACAUUCUAGAAAUGUUAGGCAGUAUUAUUCAAUUAUUGUGGGGAGGUCUGAUGGCACUCUUUAGGCCAGCGGCUGCAAGUUCCGCGAGUAAAAACCUUUAAAUUUCUAUAUGUUGAUAGUUUUUUUUUUAUGUGCAAAUUUCAUUGAAAACGGAAUGGCUUGUGAUUUUUUUACGAAGGACUAUUAAGUUGAUUUCUAAUAUCGUUAUGUUAAAACCGAAUUAAUUGUUACUGAAUUUUAUUUGGAAAUAAGAAUCUAAAAUGAUGCUGGUCAUCGUGGAAUGUAAAAACUAAAAAAAUAUAGUAUUGUUAGUGUGUACUUUCAUAAAUUGUUAAUCGUUUCAUCAUCAUCAUCAGCCGAGAGGCGUCUACUGCUGAAUAAGGCCUGUCCCUUAGUCCUCCACGUAGAACGACAAGCCGCCACCUGCAUCCACGUUAAAAUCAAUCGUUUAAAGCGAUUUUUUAAAAUCUUAUACUAUAGUGUUGUGUGUAUUUUUCAUCUGACAAUCAAGAAAACUUGAUGAUUGGUACGAAGCGUCUUUUUUAUACAAGUCCAAAUUUAUCUACUAGUUUGAGAUCUUUUAUUGUUUUUUCCUUAUUUUGGUUUUUACUUCUUUUUUGUAAAUAAUUCGAGGUGCCUUACCACUGAAAUACGAUGGGUGCCAUGAAGUGACGUAUAGUCAGAAAUGAAGUAUUUAUUUAUAUUUUAUUGAUUGAAACAUAUCCGUAAUUAUAAGAGUGUUUUGUAUUAUACCUAGAGUUAUGUGAAAUAAAGCAAAGUUGAUUGAAUAA